AUGGUUUCUUUUACAGAAACAUUAUUAGCAGAUAAUAUUAAUACUACAUAUAUCUUUCUUUCUUUAUUAUAUUCAAAUGUUACUAGUGAUUCCAAAUCAGAGAAAAAUUCUAAUAACUUAUCAACAAUUUGUGCAAGAUAG